AGAAUAUAUACUUAAAACUAUGGACAAUUCCCAUGAGUGUUGCAGGCAUGUUAAGGAUGUCUCACUCAAGGACCUUAGAGACAGGCUUGCAGAGUUUGCAAAGGUUAGAGGGUGGGAGCAGUAUCACAGCCCAAGAAAUCUUCUUCUAGCUUUGGUUGGAGAAGUGGGAGAACUGUCUGAGAUAUUCCAGUGGAAAGGAGAGGUGGCAAGGGGACUACCAAACUGGAGCCCAGAUGACAAGGAACAUCUUGAGGAAGAACUGUCUGAUGUUCUGCUAUACCUAGUACAGCUAGCAGAUGUUUGUGAGCUUGAUCUAGGCAAAGCAGCCCUCACUAAGAUAGUCAAGAAUGCUAAGAAAUACCCUGUUCUUAAUUAAGUAGUUCUCAUCUCUUCUAGAAAUAAAAUAAAAAAAAGUUUUGUUCAUUAUCUAUGUUUCCAAGGUGGGUCUAAUUAAUCUUUUCCCACCUUUUUUCUUAGCAUGGAUCAUGUUCAUGGAGAGUUCAGAGCUUUAAUGGUGAUGAUGUUGUCUGUGUUUCUGUGUUUUC